AUGACCAUGUACGUGGACUACAGAGUCUUUACUGUUCAGAUAAAUGACACAAAGGCAGCAGUGUCUGAUUUUCUGCAGGUAUUUUCAGAGAGUAGUCAACUUUAUAUUAUCAGCUUCUUCCUCUCCAGCCUCUACAUUAUAUUCCUGUUCCCUGUCGGUUUCAUCGGGAACAUCCUCAUCUUAGUGGUCAACCUGUACCACAGGGGCCACUUGACAGCCCCGGACCUCUAUUUUGUGAACCUUGCCGUGGCCGACCUCGCCCUCGUGGCUGACUCUCUGAUCGAGGUGUUCAACCUGAAGCCAGGCUACUAUGACAGGCCCGGCCUCUGCACCUUCAUGAACUUUUUUCAGCAGGUCAACAUGUACAGCAGUGUCUUAUUCUUAACCUGGAUGAGCUUUGACCGCUUUGUCGCACUGACUGGCUUCAUUGGUCGCAGUAUGCCUCGCGCACGCCUCAGCUGCUGCCUUAUCUGGGCGUCUUCGUUGUUGCUCACCGUGCUUCCUUUCGCUAUAGCGCAAAGGCAACACGCUGGGGAACUCCACUUCUGCUUCGCAAACGUGACCCAGAUUCAGUGGCUGGAGGUGUUGCUGGGUUUCUUGCUGCCUUUCUCCAUCAUGGGUCUGUGCUACUGGAAAAUAGCACAGGUGCUCCGACAGGGCAACAGGGGUCACGAUGGCCCACAGCAGAGGCCUCGCAGGCAGAAAGCCCUGCGGAUGAUCUCAGCCGCAGUGUUAGUCUUCUUCCUCUGCUGGCUCCCGGAGAAUGUGUUUAUAAGUGUUCACCUUCUAAGAGGUGACGCAGACAGCGGCACGCUGUGGCAGGAUUACCCCCUGACCGGUCAUGCUGUCAGGCUGGCGGCCUUUUCUAACAGCUGCCUGAACCCGCUCAUCUACAGCUUCCUUGGGGAGACCUUUCAGAAUAAACUGAGGAUCAUAUGGGCCAAGCUCAGGCACAAGUCAGCCUCAGGAAAAUCUCUCACUGUACCAGCGGGAAGCACAUGUGGCCAUGCAACAUGCGACAGACCAAGGCGGUCCGCACAUUAAAGCUCUGACAUCCUUCCAUAAACUGUUCUGCCCCUGCCCCCCCAAAAAAUAAAUUCCAACUUCAUGAUGUAG